AUUAUAUUUUUCUUUAUUAUUUAUCUUUCUCCUUCGACCAGAUGUAUAUAAAUCAAUAUUAAUGCUGUUUUCUUUGUUUUCUCAAUGUUAAUCCUAAAUGGUGCACAAUUACAGUGUUUAUAUUGUUCAUUUGUAAAAUAUGAAAACCAAAAAAUGUUAUUCUUUUAACAUGAAUAUCUACGAGUUCGAUGAGAUAUUUUCAGCGGGAUCGUUGAAGCCUCAAAAUGCUUGUGGUACCGUACCAAACCGGAUGUUUGACUUGCAAACAAAAUGCCGGAUUAGAUGAAAGGAUACGCUUCGUGUACGGGACAACAUAUUUAUAUUAUGCGCUUCGUGCUACUUUGCCUCGUUCUGUCGCCCACGCUCCUCAAAAAAUAGUGUACGAAACCGGUUUAGAUACAAUAACUUUACGAGUGUCAAAUACAGCAGCGACCGGUAUGGAAGGGGAACGAAAAAACACACACAGGACCCAUAGAUCGAUGGUCAAUAGUUUACGUUACCGAGUUACAAGUUGCGUGAUAUGAUUCAGCAAAACACGUAAUGUAUGUAUACAACAUUCUACAAGUACAAAUACUAUGUACGUAUGGUGUUUGAAUGCACAUAUAUUUUUUUUUAAAUUAUUUUCACGUACGGCUAUGUUAAAUUGAGGGGAAAUCGGUUUUUCUCAUCAACACGCUUAAAUAUACAUAUAAUUAGUCGUUUUAUCCAGUACCAAUAGGCGUUUCACUCUUGUCUGCCCAUAAGACACAUAACUCUUCCUCCCCAUUCGUUUCAUCUUCACUCUCGUUAAACCAUGCCAAUGGUGUUGUAUGCCUUUUCUCGUUUCUUUUCGGGAAUUUUUUAUCGAGGUGAGCUACACCCUAUAUGCGUCUUAUUACCCGAGAAACAAGAUUUCCAAAAUCUUUAAUGCGCGUAGCGAAUGGAAAUAAUUGUGUUCAAUUAUAAAUAUACGUAAGAUUAGCUUAUCGACGCAAGUCGUCGUUGAUGUUGAAGAGUACUUUCGCGCAUCGAAGCAUAUUUGUAAUCUAGAAAAAGCGAUUAACCCUAAAACCCUUAAAUUUAUAAUGCCUCACGUGUUUAUCUCUUUCCUUCUUUACCCCCAUCGCUUCUCGUUUUUGUAUGGUAAAUAUUCCGGAGAGAACUUGCACCCCUCAAUGCUAGUCGAUCUUGCGAAACCCUCAAAGUCGUGAGACUUUUUUUUUCAUCAUGAUCAUUUAUCGUUAAGAGAGGGGAGAGUUUGCGGAGGUUCAUUCGCGUUACUCCGACGAUUUCGUUCUUAUUUUACUUCGUUCAACUUCUCAUCGAUCGCGGAGUGGAAAAUCAGUUGUUUUCAAUGUUCAGAUCAAAUUUAUCGACGAUAGUGUUUUGUGGGCGCGUAUACCGAUGUUCGUAUACGAAACGCCUCGAUUGUGUUUUUUGAUUUUCGUACACAGCAGGGUCUUUUACAAGUUGUCUCUCCACCCAAGAGUUAUCGACUUCUCAUCGCGAUCCCAACAGAUCGCUUUUCCUAAUUUAUAUUACUACUCAAUCAGAUGGUUUUUCCGGCGUUAAUCGAUAUAUCAUAAUCAUGUUCGUUUUAUUAAAAAUCGGUGGAAGAUGGUUGAAUUUGAAAACUAUUGGAACACCCAAGAUUACUACGAGCGGUCUCUGGUCCCGAGUUUAAAACUCCGCACCUAGCGAGUUAUGAAAGUCAUUUUGGUUUUUCAACGGUUUCCACUCCUUGCGAUUUUGGUUCCAAGUUUCAUUCUACCAUUAACCAAAACUCACUUCGAUCGAUUCGCCCGGUAAAAUUUCGCCGCGAACAAGUUUGAGUUCAGUGCAUUAAUAGGUGUUUGCAUCAUGGGAUUGCGCACACGUCAGCAACCAUCGCGGAUUUCAUUGUACACGAGGAAUCGUAGAUAUUCUCUUAAAUUCACGAAGAAAUCAUUUUUUAUUCGAAACACCGACAUCGACAAUGACAUUUAAGCAUGGAAUAUUCAUUAUGACAAGCACAACAGAUUUACCGUUUUUUAAAAUUCGUAUUUCGAGUUGAAGUUUUUUUUUUCCAUUAUUAUCGAUACGAUGCAAGGUGAUAGCAUUCGAGAAGUCGCUAUUCGCGGUAGCGACAGUUCCUUUGCGUCACCUCUGCUCUUACGAUUUUCCAAGUCGCUUUUACUCUCUCGUUGAUCAUGCAGAUAUUUGAAUGAUCAAUAUUUCUAUCGAAAGUUGGUCGAAUACGUCCGACAACGCACGAACGUUCGAUCAUUACUUUCCUUGUUUGCAAAACGUGACGAGUGUGUUCAUAAUUAAAAUUUUCACCGACACAAACCUUGGCGGCGAGUUUAAUAUUUUUUAUCGAGAAAAUAAACGGUGUUUAAACGGAGCUCAGAAAUAUUCUGGAAUUCCGACACGAGUGUGCAGCAAAAAAAUGUCUUGUAGAAAAAACUGUGUACGUGUAUGUGUGCAUGUCUUUUUGUUGAUGUAUUAAAGAGACGCGCGCUUAUUCUUAGGCGAGGGAUAAUCGGAUGGAUGAGUGAGAGCUUUCGGCAUUUUUACGCGGGCGUUUUAUUUCCCUUGGCAUUCCGUUGGAGUUCGUUUGGGUGUUUUUAGUGUGAGCUUGCAAAAUGCGUGGGUUUUCGAGAGGAUGACGACUAGGCGCAUCCAGUGGAGGAAAACUUAUUUAAAGCGCGCCACGUAAGUUUUGCUUCGCAGUUGACCACCGGAUUUUCGCGUUUCUGGCUGACGGUGCGUUGAGUGUGCGUUGUCAAAAGCUCAUUGAAUAAGAAAUAAUUAAAAACGCGCAAGAAUCGCCUCGUGUCACUCGACGCUCGUUUCUCGUUUUUCAUAUACGGGGUUUUCCAGAUUUUUUAAAAAAACUACUCUCAAGGCUUUCCAAACUCGAACGACGACUAAUCCCCAUUUUUUAUCGUACUGAAAACAACGAGUCCCUUUAUUUGCCGAUAGUUCUUCUUGAAACUGUGAAUUCAACGACUUAACGCUCUAUCGACAAUUACUCUAUCAACUAAAUACGCGACUAUCCGUUCUUCGCACCUCGAACCUUAGAUUCUUUAUUUCCUGUAUCCGUUCAUGUUGACUUUACGCGUCGAGAAGUUACCUCGCGAUUUCGCGCAAAUGAUUAUUCAGAAAUGAAUAAUGUUUCACUCGAUCGACUCUACAAACUCACCCGCGAUAUUACCAAAAAAUCACACGCUUGCUUAAAUUCUAUGAGGAAAGUGUAUUAAGCUUAUUGUUACGCAGCGAUCUUUUUAGUUUUAUUCUUAAAGAUACGACCCUACAACGCGUUUGAGUUGUAAUUCUUGGGUAUUUCGAAGGUCUCGUGGUUUAUUGUUGUUUCUCGUCGACUUAUACUCUUCGCGGUCUUUAAUCAAAAGAAAACUAUAUUGAUGAGCCUAUUAUACUUCAAACGACUUUAAAAUUCAAAGAUAUACUAUUAUUAUUUUCAAUCGAUCGCUGAUCCGUCAAUUCAAUUGCAUCAUUGUAUGUUAAAGAUCGUGGAAGCGAAGAUGACUCGAGAAUCUUCGGGUUCGUUAGGAAAGUGACGUUUUUCGGAAGUGACGUUUGUUCUCUCGCCGUUGUGUGCUUGCUGUUUUGCUUUUUUUUUCUUCCAACGGGUUCUCUUUUCAAAUCUUUACAAUGAGUAUCGAGAGCCCGGUUCUCCGCAGUUCUAGUUUAUACUAAUAAAAGUAUAAUAUCAUUAGACAAGUGUCAUAGCGCUAAAAGUAUUCGACUGAAAAUUCGUUAACACGCGAAGGGAUAUCUCGUCAUUUUCAAAUCUCAACGCUAAUGAAAAAUUUCAAGUUUUUCUCCUCAAGAUAUUUCAACAAAUGUAUACGUUCAUUAAUAUUAUCAAGAAUAUUACAACUAUGAUUAUUAUCGAUAAGAUUAUAAUAACGCUAGCCAGUUGUCCACAUUAGUCGCUAAUCGCUCAACAAAUUCACGAUAGUUUGAUUUUUCGAAUAUUGUGCGUGUUGUUCUAUCCGUAAAUACACACACGUAUAUAUAUAUAUAUAUAUAUAUAUAGGUGUAUCAUAUUUAUAUAUACACACGUUUCAUCGCCAUCUUUUUAUUUUUCCUCGUAAUCUUUAGUUGUUAGAGCCCGCGUGAAAAGAUCUUGUUUUAAAUACGGUUAUUCAACGUCAUCUUCCCAUCUUUUGUUAUAUUUUCUACGUAUUGGAAGGUUGUUUUUUUCUCUUUUUGAUCCUCGAGUCCAUCUUUUAUUCUAUUUACCCCUUCAUCUUAAUUUCAACGUCUACGAAAUUGUGACGAAGCAAUUGUUUUAGCAGUUCUCGUUGUGUUGCAAUCGAUCCUUCAAGAUAUUAACCCGCUCUCAUUGAAUACUCGAUGUCCUAACAAACAGCAGUAUACUCUAUAUAUAGCCUAGCCAAUCUAUUGUGUAAUUAUUCGUGAUAGCUUCCGGUAAAGCUAAUGAAAAAAAAUGUGUUAUUCUACAAGUGUCGUCCCUUUUGAGAAACCAUGCUUUUUUUUCGCAUUUUUCAUACUAUUCGUCGUCCUUUUUUUCCUUCUUUCCUACAUAUGAAGAUGCUUUUUUUUCAUUCGACCUAUUCGAUACUCGCUUGCGCCUUUCGUAUCGAUACCAGUACCUUCGAAAUUCUCCGUUUGUUCAACUAACAUUACCAAUCGCUCGGCAUUAUCAACCUAUUCACUAUUCCAUAGAAAUAAUUCUUCGUAAUAGCUUAACUCGGUAAUAGCGUAUAUGCGGAAUCGUCUCUUAUCAACUAGGGGUGUUCGAGUUUAAGUUGGACAGACCUUAUCUGGAGCAGCUCCCAUGAUUUUUUUGUUUUCUCUCUCUCUCUGUCUUUGUUUUUUUUGCUUUUCACAUGAGAAUCCGUUCCCAGGGCAAUAAUCCGGUUGAAAUCUUUGUCAAGUAAUGAAAUUUGAAAUUGUCGGCGUUUUGCUAAUCCGAUAUACAACCGGAGUAACCAAGAAGAACAAUGCAAAAAUGAAGGACUCGUUGAAUCGUACUGUUAAGAAUGUUUCAUCAAAUUGUCGCGUUUGUUUUUCUCUUUUAGUUUAUUCCCUGCGACACGAUAAUAACAAACAUGUCGAUCGUGCCAUUGAUGUUCCGCGAUUGGUGGGACGAUUUCGAUCGUCCUAUGUCGCGUUUGAUGGAUCAACACUUUGGCAGCGGACUGAAUCGCGCUGACUUACUUUCGGGACUUUCCUCCCUUGGCUUGACAUCGCGAACCCGUCCAUUAUUCAACAAUUCGUACUAUCGACCUUGGCGCGAUCUCGUCAGAUCGAAUUCCAGAGGUGCUAGUACCAUCAGUUGCGACAACGAUCGAUUCGAGGUUAUACUGGACGUUCAGCAAUUCUCACCUGAGGAGAUAUCGGUGAAAACGAUCGGCAACUCGGUGAUCGUCGAAGCGAAACACGAAGAGAAGCAAGACGAGCACGGCUACAUCAGCAGACACUUUGUCAGACGUUACGUACUUCCGGCGUCCCACGAAGCUCUGGGCGUUACCUCGAGUCUCUCCUCGGACGGUGUACUCACGAUUACCGCCCCGAAAAAGGUCAGAGUUCAGAUAUUUCGCGAUGAUCGCCCCGAGCUCCAGGACCCUCUUCCCUGGUCCUCUCGGAAGGCAGGCGCCACUCGAGAUCUCCCCGCGGCUCUUCUCUUUACGGCUUGUUUUCUAGUUUCGUUUUUAUUUUUUCCCCCCCUUUUUCUUCUAUCUCAGUACUAUUUGUCGAUCUUGUUCCCCCUUUUCUCCCUUCUCCCUUUUUCCUCGUCCUCCGCUGUUCCUUGCUUCAAAUUUAUUUUGUACUCUCCUUGCACCCUCGCGUCACGGAGAGAACGACCCCGACGCUACAUCUCGUCUAUAACGCAAGGACUGUACAAGAGGAACAAAAAAAAAAAUGGGCUCUUUUUAUGCAUUGCUUUUCGUGUGGUCAAAGGUGUUUUUUUUUUUUUUUUUUUUUUUUUUCAAAAGUGCUCUCGAUAAUGAAUUCUCGAAAAA